AUGACGAAUAUUGACGAUUUCUGGAANGCUGAUUUGAUAAAAUUGCGAAAUUUGCGAAGCUAUAACGACGGAUAUUGCUAUCUACUGACAGUUAUNGACGUGCUCAGCAAAUUCGCGUGGGUGGAACAGUUGCGAGACAAAACAGGUGCUCAAGUUCUUUGCGCGUUUCACUGCGUGCUCUCGAGAAGUAGCGGACAAAGACCCGUAUAUCGGCAAACCGACAAAAGUAAAGAAUUUAUCGCGCAUCCGUUGCAAAAGUUUAUCAAUGAAAAAAGAAUUUGUUUCCGNGUUGCGCNUAAUCCAGACGUUAAAGCAGCCAAUAUCAUGCACGCAUANAACCAUACUCCUCAUUCUUCCAUAUGUAUGAAACCCGCGGAUGUUACCACAGAAAACGCGAAUAUUAUCCGCAAAAACACGUGGCAUCGCUGGAAAAAACAGCGAGUCAAAGCAAAAGCAGCUAAAUACUCUGUCGGCGAUCUCGUACGUGUCAGUAGAGCAAAAGCCGCCUUUGAGAAGGGAUACACGGCCGAUUGGAGCAAAGAAAUAAUUCGAAUUUAUCGUGUUCUCGAGUGGCAAAAUCCGCGUGUUUCCGAACUGAGUGAUUUAGCAGAUAAAGUUAUAAACAAAAUUUUCUACGAGCAAAAACUGUCUCCUGUUGUUAAAAACCUACAAGAAGAAACUUUCAUCGUUGAUCGGGUGAUAAAGAGCAAAAGUCGGGGACGUAAUAGGCAACUGCUAGUCAGUUGGCAAGGUUACCCGUUUAAAUUUGAUUCGUGGAUUCCGGCUUUGAGUUUAACAACGCUGUCACAACAACAACAAAGCGACGACACUGAUAGCGACAAUGAUGAUGACAAUGGAAGAACACUUUUUUGUAAUUCUUCCAAGCAAUAG